AUGGCUAACUCCUCCGAGGCUGCACGCUUCAAAGCAGAAGGGAACUCUCUGUUUCAAAAGCAGCAAUUCGCCGCGGCUUAUGAAAAGUAUACGCAAGCUAUCGAGCACGACGGUCAGAACGCAAUCUUGUAUUCCAAUCGUGCGGCAUGCUCUCUCGGUCUUGGCAGAUACAUUGAAGCGCACACCGACGCUACCCAGGCAACCAAACUUAACUCUACCUACGCCAAGGCGUGGGCGCGCCUGGCAACGGCCUCUGCCGGUCUCGGCAAAGUUGAGGAGACAAUCAAGCUGUGGAAACGCGCUAUCGCGGUUCUUCCCGUCGAAAAUCUCUCACCCGCGGAGCAGAAACAGAAAGAGCAGUACACUUCUGAACUGGCAGCUUCGGUUGCGCGAAACGGAAAGAAUACAGAUGCCUCGGCGGGGGGUCCAAUUCACGUGCGGAUCAGAGAGGAAAAUAAGCCAUGGAACCGUGCCGCUGUGAUGAUCAAGACCGUCCUUGGCCCUAGCAAGACGUGGAAUAGCAGCGCAUGGGUCAUUGAUCAUGCUUACAGGGAGUGGACCACUGGGCUCGAGUUGAUGAAGCAGCUACGGCCGAUGCCUACGCCCGCUGGGAUGGGUUACUUCGGACGCUUAGACGCCGUCAUGAUUAUGAGCAACGCCGUCAUCUCAGAUACCCGUGCCUUUGUCAUCACGGAACAAGACUUCCUCGAGAGAUAUAAUAAGCAGGUCAUGUUCGAGCUCACAAAGACUAAGCCAUGGACGGACGGGGGUUCCAGGCUCGUCAUGGAGGAGGCACCGAAGCGUUUGGCUCGCCAAGGGUGGGACGAUGUUCGUCCUGCGUUGUCGCUUACGGUUAGAGCCUGGAUCAUGCGAGCCUUCCUUCAGGAUAACUUCGCGAACGGCACAGAGGCGGCACUGGACUUCUACACCUCUGCCCUCGAAGUUUUGCAGUGGGGUAAUGUACGGUGGCCUGGUGUUCCUCCGGAGGAGAAGGGUGCGAUCUUCAGAGAUAGCUUCAUACGUGGCGUGAAGGUCCUGCGCCUCGAUGCUUUCAUCAAGGCCUACACUAAAAACCCUGGACCGACCUCUAAGUACUCUUUGGAUCAAGUCCGAGCAGGCGCACAAGACCUGAUAGACGAGGUUACUCCAAUAGUGGAUAAUCCGCCUAUCGAUGAGUCGCACUACAGUUUCCACUUGAGCUUCGUUCGGUAUCCGCUGGCCAGUGGUUACUCUGCCGUUGGGUUCUACCAUCAGCACACUGCCCGGAAUAUUCGCAACGCGCAGGGUCCGCUAUCGGACGUCAUCGAACACUUCAAGGCUGCUGCAAAAGCAUACACCCAAUCCGCCGGGAUCUACCCACAGGACGACGAGACCCACAUUUCGUGCCUGCACUUCGCUCUAGAUGCUCUCCUAGAAGCCGGGAGCCCGGCGGGAGAGGUGAUAGCCCUCAUGGGUCGCAUCCAAGAAGCAAUCCCAGUCAUGAAGCGCAUCUGGGAGUUCUCGGCCGAUGCUGUGAGCGGGCGCGACGUGAUGCUCAAGGCAGACAUGGAUCUGCACGAUCGCCUCCUCAAACGCAUACAAGAGGGAAGCUUGACCCUAGGAGAUGUAGUUUCGCGCAAAGACCUGUGA